AUGGAGGUGAGCACCGUGUCCCCCCCUGCCAAUUCACCCACUGCAGGAGACAAUCUGUGUGAGACAGAUAUCAUCAGUGUGGCCAUACACUGUGCGGCACUGCUCAUCUGCCUCUGUGGGCUGGCUGGGAACGGGGCUGUCAUCGGCCUCCUCAACCUGAAAAUCCCCAACUAUGGCAUCUUUGACCUGGCUGUUGCCGAUUCCCUCUUCCUCCUCUUUGCCAUCCCCUCCGCCCUCGCCUUCCUGGUGGAGGACGUGUCCUGCUCUCCCAUCCUGCCCCUGCUGUACCUGCGUUUCCUUUUCCAGCUGUCAGUGGUCUCCUGCUACUGGGGGCUGUUCCGGCUGAUGCUCAACAGCAAUGUGCAAUACGUGUACAAGCUCUGGAAGCUCUGCUGGCACUCCGACCUUCCUGAACGACUGGUGUGGGUGGUGGACAGUGUCCAAUAUUCUGCCUUCUUUGCUCUCUUUGCUGUCAUUCCUGCAGUGACAUUCCUGUGCCCAUCACACGAGCAGCAGCACUGUGGUGUGCCGCUCAUCUCCAUGUUCACCCUCAUCCUGCUCCUCUUUGUUGCACCCGUAAUCAUUUCCAGCACAAUUGACUUCAUUAAGUCCAAGUGGGGCUCCCAGCAGCAGCAACCCAAGAGGCGCGACAUCGUUGUCAUCCUCACUCUGCUCCUCACCCUCCUCCUCAGUUUCUGCAAUUUCCUGCAGCAGAUUGGUUAUGUCCUUUUGUCAUCCCAGGCUGUGUUCCUGCUCACCUGCCUGCACAGCAGCAUCAAACCCUUCAUCUACUUCUUGGCAGGGAGCUGCAGGAGACCCUUCUCCAUAAAGUCCCUCUGGCUCUCCCUUCAGAGAGUCUUUGAGGAGCCAAAAGAAAAAACUGACCACAGCGAUGGUUCCUCCAAUGACACAGCAGCCUGA